CGCGAGUGCUUGACAUCAACGAUUGCAAUGCUGAAGCAGCCAUGUGGUGAAGACGGCAAGCGAGUCUCGAGACCGAUUGCUCGUCUGCCAGUGGCAGCCGUGAUUUGUCUGGCAGCGGUUGCUUUUCAAAGCAGCUUCUUUGGCGUGGCCAGUACCGCUGCCAUCAAAUCCGCGUCAGCGCAGCUGGCGAGGGAGGCCAAUGAGAGCGCGGGCCGGGUGUGGCUGGCGCCUUUGGAGGCGGAGCUAUGGGUGAAGCGCCUCCAGAGGCGCCGCCUCAUCCUCAUUUUGAACCAGUUCACGGAGGCGCGGAAGUACACGCGGCUGGCCAAGGAGUUGGAGCACCAGGGCUACGACGGGAGCCGCUUGGUGGGCGCCCAGGGGGUGGAGGACUCCAGCAAGGCGCCCCCGGAGCUCGGGCAGCUGCUGGCACUGGAGGACCGCAUCCGGCGCCUGCGGCACCUGCGCCGCAUCGCCAAGGCCCGGCUCGCCGCGGCGAGGAGCGAGCAGCGCCUGGCGGUGCUGCGCCAAGGCCCCGCUAAGCGGGCCGUGCUGGCGCUGGCGGACGUCACGUUGGGCACCUGCCUCGCAGCCAAGACUUGCCAGGUGGUGGGGGACGCGCUGCAAGAAGCCGGGCAGCGCUACAAGAAGAGCAACAUGAAGGACGUGGAGAAGAAGCUGAGCAAGCAGUACGAGCAGGCUCAGGAGCUUGCUGUGCCGUGGAUGAGCUACUUCCAGCCAUUUAUCGACUACUUCUGGCAGGCCUGGAUUUGGCGAGGAUUUCAGCGGCGUCUCAUGGCCUCGAAAAUCAGAGAUAUUCGAAAUGAAAUUCACGUCCCUGACGUGGCCCUGGAGGAUGUCGCAGGAAUCGGCAAUGCGAAAACGGAAGCUCUGGAAAUCGUGGAGUGCCUGAUGGCGCCGGCAAGGUUCGCCAGCUUGGGCGCUCGCUGCCCCAAGGGCCUGCUCCUCACCGGGCCGCCCGGCUGUGGCAAGACGCUUCUGGCAAAAGCCAUAGCGGCAACUGCUGCGGUGCCAUUCUUGUCCCGAUCCGGUGCUGACUUCAACGCCCGAAUUGCGGGCACCGGGACGAUUAUGGUCAAGGAGCUGUUCAUGACUGCUCGGCGCAUUUCCCCGGCAGUGAUUUUGAUCGAUGAGCUGGACUACAUUGGCCGGCGGCGAGGGGAGGAGCACGGUGGAGGGCUAGAGACAGAUCGCUCAGCAGCCCUGACACAGCUCCUCUCUGAGAUGGAUGGGUUCGGCUCGGCCGAAGGUGUGGUGGUCAUUGGGACGACGAAUCGGCCAGACAUCCUGGACAAGGCUCUUACACGCCCCGGCAGGUUUGACCGGAAGGUGAUUGUGCCGCUUCCAGAUGUGCUCGGCCGCUACCAGAUUCUGAGGACGAAGCACGCUCGUCGCCUGGUGCUGGAACAAGAUGGUUCCAAACUGACUGGAGUGGAAGCAACGGCGCCGGACUGGAUGGCCUGGGCGAAGCGCACCAUGGGCUUCUCGGGGGCGGAUUUGGCCGGCCUGGUGAACGAGGCGGCCAUGGCGGCGGCGAGAGAAGGCGCGUCCGCGGUGGGCGAGCGCCAUCUGCAGGUUGCCUACAGCAAGGCGUUGAUUGGGCUUCCCUCUGGGCGUCAUCAGUCCGCGGCGGAGCUCAACGUCACAGCUUUCCAUGAGGCUGGCCACGCAGUUGUCAAUGAGGUCAUGCGGAUUUCACUGGGCGAAUCAGGCAUACAUGGCUUCCGCACAGUGGCUCACAUCAGCAUUGUGCCAGCAGGCGGUACAGGUGGGGUGACGCAGUUUGCGGAUCCCGACGAGGCGAAGCGCCUCCCUCAGUCGCGGCGGGUGCUGCUUGCCAUGUUGGCGGUUGACAUGGGCGGACGUGCGGCAGAGGACAUCUUCCUGGGUCAGGGGCAGGCCACCAUGGGAGCCUCAUCUGACAUUGACGAGGCCACUCGACUGGCCACGCAGAUGGUGGCGGCCGGCGGUUUGUCCGCCGCGGUGGGGCCUAGGUCCCUGCAAGCAGGCGUGUCGCCCUCCCAGGCUCUCCUGUCCGAAGUGGACGGAGAGGUGAAGCUCAUCCUGGAUCAGGCCCUCACGGCGGCGCGCACAGCGCUGGCGCGCAAUCGUGCGCUUCAUGCGGCUGUUGCAGAGGUGCUGAUCAAGCAUGAGACACUGGACGGAGAGGAAUUCCAGCGUGUGAUCGGGAAAUUCCCCGUGAAGCCAGUGCAAUUGCCAGGAUGAGGAA